AGCCACCUCCCUGCCCGUCACCUUUCCCUCUGCCUUUUGUUUCCGUAUAUUGCCCGGUUUUUGCUUUAGGCUCCGGUUGCUGUAUACUUUGCGGUUUGGAGUAGUUUGUUGCUGCUCUGUCGCUUCUUCUGAUCUGUGCGGAUCUUGUCCAAAUCACUCGUUCGUUGUAAUGGAGUCUUCGCCCCAAUCCCCGGCACGAGACCGGCUGCCGACCCUCUUUGAAGUUCUGAACCGCCGAACGCUACCCCCCGUGGACUUGUACUCGUUUUACGUAUUUAUGCGUGACCAGCAGCUCCAAGUCGAUUAUCUAGAUUUCUGGCUUGAUAUCGCGCAGCAUCUGUCUCUCUGCCGUCUUUAUGUCCGCCAACUUCGCGAAUCGCUUUUGAUAGAGACUCCAGACAUUGACGGGAAAGGGUCGCCGCACUCUUCGAUGGUUCUCGAUGCGCUCAAAGUGCCAAAGGAGUCGCUAUCACCGGACGAAAAGAACUCGUCAGACGAAAGUCGGCGGGUGUCGAUGAUUAUGCGGAGUGAGUCUCUGACCGUGGCAGAGCCGUACUCUCAGCAGGAUAUUAUUUCAAAGAGGAAUAGCGCGGUGAAGCAGCAUCAGGAUCGGCAAAAACAGCUCGCGGAGCAGAAGUUUGGAGGGGAGAAGAGCGAGGAGCUAAAGGAUAGCGAGGAGAGACGACUCACGCUGACGCAUUCUGCGGGAUCGACUGUCACUCGUCUCCAUGUCAAAGAAUCUGCAUAUGGAAUUAUGGCGACGUAUCUUGUUCCCGGUGCUGAGUGCGAGCUAGCCCUGCCGCUGCAUAUCACACGUGGUAUCACUACAUCGAUCGAGGUCGACGGACGGGAUGAUCCUGAGGUCUUUGAGGAGGCAAAGGAAUAUGUUUUCCAGGCUAUGGAACGAGAAGCCUUUCCUGCCUUUUUAGAAUACAAGGCACUAGGCAAUCUAUCUCCCGCUGGUGCCAUCACGCGACUGUUUAUCGGUUUGUUUUCAUUGUUUGCUGCGUUUUGGGUCGCGUUCAUCCUGAUCUUCUUGGACUACCACAAGACUGUGCGCUUGUGGCUUAUCUUGCCGUUUUCUAUCGGUAUAUACGGCUGCUUGAGCUACCAGUAUUAUCUGGACCCUAUCUUUGUCUUUUCGGGAUACAGCGAGUUGACGUAUUUCAAAUACCACAAACUGAGAGAACCCUAUGUGAAGUCCUUGCUGGUGAGAAGAGCGGUUUGGGUGAUGGGUGUGGCUGUUCUUUUGAUUAUCUGUCUUUGUGUUUUGUUUGGAUUGGUUCCGGGAAGAAGAUUAUAGAUUCUCCAAGAACCUAUGAUUCUAUAAAAUGUGAUGCGUGUCUUUUGGAGGGGUUAAGUUUGGAUAUGGUUUUGAUUUUGAGUAAUGAUUGGCGUUUGCAAGAACUUAAUGAAUAU